UGGAUAGUGAUUUACUAACGGGUGACGAAAGAUUAAGGUAUCGAGGGGGACCAGAAUACCGCCCAUACAUAGGAGGAAGUCACAAUCCAAAUUCAUAAGCACAAUAACAAUAUCACAUAACUUGGUUUUUUUUUUUUUUUUUUUUUUUUUAAACUUGGUUUAUUAUCUUGUCCCUUUCUUUACUUAACCCUAGUUUACCAAUCACAAACCAAAGUUAGACCCACACAUACAUCUCAAUAUUAAUUAGUUUAAAUAAAACCCCACCAAAACCUCCUUUUUCACUUCCUCCAACUCAAAGAAAGAGAUCAGAAGCUACAGAUAUACAACAAAACAAGGUAUAGAGAGAGAAACCCUACAAAAUCAAAAGGAAGAAGAGACGAAGAUGAAGAAGAUCCAGCUUGGAUUUCGUUGUUCAUCAUUACUACUCUCUUUCUUCUUCUAGCUAGCUAGUUUUGACAACAAAAUAAGAAGCAAAAAAAGGUCAAAGUAAAAAAGAUCUGUUCUUAGAUCACUCUCUUCUCUUUUUGAUCCAAUUCCACAAUUGAAUCAUAGAUCAUGGAUCAUGGAACACAAAACUCUCUACCUGCUCCUUUCCACGCAAGAGACUUUCAAUUACAUCUCCAACAACAACAACAAGAGUUCUUCCUCCACCACCACCAGCAACAAAGAAACCAAACCGAUGAUGAUCAACAAGGAGGAUCAGGAGGAAACCGACAAAUCAAGAUGGAUCGUGAAGAGACAAGCGACAACAUCGCUAACAACAGCGGUAGUGAAGGUAAGGACAUAGAUUUACACGGAGGUUCGGGAGAAGGAGGCGGCGGCUCUGGAGGAGAUCAUCAGAUGACAAGAAGACCAAGAGGAAGACCAGCUGGAUCCAAGAACAAACCAAAACCACCGAUUAUCGUCACGCGGGACAGCGCAAACGCGCUUAGAACCCACGUGAUGGAGAUUGGAGACGGAUGUGAUCUAGUCGAGAGCGUGGCCACUUUCGCAAGAAGACGCCAACGCGGCGUUUGCGUUAUGAGCGGUACUGGAAACGUUACUAACGUCACUAUACGUCAGCCUGGAUCUCAUCCUUCUCCUGGCUCGGUCGUUAGUCUUCACGGAAGGUUCGAGAUUCUCUCUCUCUCUGGCUCUUUUCUCCCUCCGCCGGCUCCUCCUACAGCCACCGGAUUGAGUGUUUACCUCGCCGGAGGACAAGGACAAGUAGUCGGUGGAAGCGUGGUUGGUCCAUUGUUGUGUGCUGGUCCUGUUGUUGUUAUGGCUGCGUCUUUUAGCAAUGCGGCGUACGAGAGGUUGCCGUUAGAAGAAGAUGAGAUGCAGACGCCGGUUCACGGCGGAGGAGGAGGAGGAGGAGGAUCAAUGGAGUCGCCGCCGAUGAUGGGACAACAACUGCAACAUCAGCAACAAGCUAUGUCGGGUCAUCAAGGGUUACCACCUAAUCUUCUUGGUUCGGUUCAGUUGCAGCAGCAGCAUGAUCAGUCUUAUUGGUCAACGGGACGACCACCGUAUUGAUCAAAUAUAUUCAUAUAUACACACUCAUCAUCGUAUAGCUAGCUAGCUAACGAAGAAUCAUGAGUUUAGUGGAUAUAUCUAUGAUUAAAAGAGGUUAGCUUAUGAACAUUAAUAAGAGAUUGGAUUUAGACGAAGAUGAUCAAGAAUCAAGAUUUUAUCGAGCUUCAUUAUGUUUUGGUCAACGUUCAUAAGAUGAAUCAGGUUCUUUUUUCUUAAAUUUUUAUUUUGGUUCGUUUUAGCUCGUAGAUCUUUUUAUGUUGAUUUGAGUAACAUUUUUCUUUUUGUCUUGGUUUUUCUUUGAUGAAUUCUCAUUGCUAGUUUGCAUUUGAUUUUUGUGUGAGGUUGGCGCUCUAAGUAUGGUUUUUCUUAUCAACAUUUCAAGGUGUUUUUUCCCGACAA